CGGAAAGGGCGUGGCCGCAUCCCGGAAGCGCGUCGGGCCGGCCGGAAGCGGAGGCCGGGAGGAGAAUGGCGGAGGGGGAGGUGUCCGAGGGCUGCCGCCUGCCCGUGCUGCGCCGUAACCAGGACAACGAGGAUGAGUGGCCACUGGCCGAGAUCCUGAGCGUGAAGGACAUCAGCGGCAGGAAACUGUUCUACGUGCACUACAUCGACUUCAACAAGCGGCUGGACGAGUGGGUGACCCACGACCGGCUGGACCUGAAGCGGGUGCAGGUGCCCCGCAAGGAGGCCAAGACCCCCACCAAGAACGGCCUGCCCGGCUCCCGGCCCGGCUCCCCCGACAGGGACACGAGGAAGAGCCUGGAGCUGGCGCUGCCGGUGGCCCCCGCCAGCGGGAAGAGUUUGCCAGGGCCACCGGGGCCACCACCGGGGCCACCAGGGCCACCGGCAGGGCCAGCAGGGCCAGCAGCAGGGCCACCAGCAGGGCCAGCAGCAGGGCCACCGGCAGGGCCACCGGCAGGGCCACCGGCAGGGCCACCGGCGGGGCCGGGGCCCAUCACGCUCCGCUUGCACCUGCCCAAGGAGAGCGAGGCCGAGCCCCCCCAGCGCCCCACGAAGCGCAAGGUGGAGGUGGUGUCCCCGGCCACGCCCGUCCCCGCCCCCACCGAGACCUCGCAGGCCUCCGUGUUCCCCCAGAACGGCUCCGCUCGCCGGGCGGUGGCGGCUCAGCCGGGCCGGAAGAGGAAAUCGGCGUGCCUGGGGACAGACGAGGACUCGCAGGACUCGUCGGACGGGGCCCCCUCGGCGCCCAGGAUGACGGGCAGCCUGGUGUCGGACCGCAGCCACGACGACAUCGUCACCAGGAUGAAGAACAUCGAGUGCAUCGAGCUGGGCCGGCACCGCCUCAAGCCCUGGUACUUCUCGCCCUACCCGCAGGAGCUGACCGGGCUGCCGGUGCUCUACCUGUGCGAGUUCUGCCUCAAGUACGGCCACAGCCUGCGCUGCCUCCAGAGGCACCUGACCAAGUGUGACCUGCGGCACCCCCCCGGCAACGAGAUUUACCGCAAGGGCACCAUCUCCUUCUUCGAGAUCGACGGCCGCAAGAACAAGAGCUACUCCCAGAACCUCUGCCUCCUGGCCAAGUGUUUCCUGGACCACAAGACCCUUUACUACGACACCGACCCCUUCCUCUUCUACGUCAUGACCGAGUACGACUGCAAAGGCUUCCACAUCGUGGGCUACUUCUCCAAGGAGAAGGAGUCGACCGAGGAUUACAACGUGGCCUGCAUCCUGACCCUGCCCCCGUACCAGCGCCGCGGCUACGGCAAGCUGCUCAUCGAGUUCAGUUACGAGCUCUCCAAGGUGGAGGGCAAGACGGGCACCCCCGAGAAGCCGCUCUCGGACCUGGGGCUGCUCUCCUACCGCAGUUACUGGUCCCAGACCAUCCUGGAGAUCCUCAUGGGGCUCAAGGCCGAGGCCGGCGAGCGGCCCCAGAUCACCAUCAAUGAGAUCAGCGAGAUCACCAGCAUCAAGAAGGAGGACGUGAUCUCCACCCUGCAGUACCUGAACCUCAUCAACUACUACAAGGGUCAGUACAUCCUGACGCUCUCCGAGGACAUCGUCGAGGGCCACGAGCGCGCCAUGCUCAAGCGCCUGCUGCGCAUCGACGCCAAGUGCCUGCACUUCACCCCCAAGGACUGGAGCAAGCGCGGCAAGUGGUGAGGCCACGCCCCGGCCACGCCCACCCGGGCCACGCCCAUCCGGGCCACGCCUCGGCGGACCACGCCCUGCCGGACCACGCCCUGGCAGGCCACACCCCAGGCACGCCCUGCCAGGCUGGGCCGCACCCUGCCCGGCCACGCCCCACCGGGCCACGCCCCAUUCGUUACGUGGUGCCGCUCAUUAAAAAACACCUGGCCCCGCCCACACCUGGCGCUGCAAAUCCUUUAUUGGCCAUUAAAAGGGUGGGGUGUUAUCAGGCCACACCCACUGUGGGAGUGGCACUAGGUGAGGGUGUGGCUUUGGGAGGCUCCACCCACAGCAGGAGUGGCUUCAUUUGUGGGUGGAGCCUCCUCUGAACAUAUCUGGUCUUUUAAUUAAAGUAGGUGGAGCUUCCACAGGCUCCACCCACACUGGGAGGA